AUGAUAAAUGUUGCAUAUUCCAUUUUGUAUAAGAAUAGCAAGACCCUUUUCUUGCAACUGUCCCAUGCUCAACAAAUUUUUAUGAAGCUCUGGGACGUAGUAUACAUCUCGAAUAAGAAAGGCAGUGCCAUUUGUAACAUCCCUGGUCGUAGGUGUAGAACACCACUGUGUUGGUAUCAGGAUGGGGAAGCCCUUAUGCUUGGUCCCGAGUUUCUGCAGCAGACAACUGGAAAAGUUAAAUUAAUCCAGGAUCGGAUGAGAGCCACACAAAGUCGGCAAAAGUCCUAUGCUGAUAAAAGAAGGCGGCCAUUAGAGUUUGAUGAAGGUGAUCAUGUGUUUCUACGGGUUACCCCAACCACGGGAGUUGGAAGGGUUCUAAAAUUGAGGAAGUUGACACCGCGAUUUAUAGGACCCUAUCAGAUUACACGGAGAAUUGGGCCAGCAGCCUACGAAAUUGCCUUGCCACCUCAUCUAGCAAACUUGCACAACGUAUUCCAUGUUUCUCAGUUGAGGAAAUACGUUGCAAGUCCAGACCAUGUAUUAGAGGCUGAUGAUGUACAAGUGCGGGAAGAUUUGACCAUACCAGCUGGACCGGUUCGCAUCCUAGACUCUCAAGUCAAACAUCUGAGGGGUAAGAAGAUAAAUACGGUGAAGGUGCUUUGGGAUGAGGCAACGCACGAGAUGACCUGGGAGAUGGAGGAUCACAUGAAGUUAUCCUAUCCACAUCUAUUUCCUGGUAAGUCUUGUUUUCGAGGACGAAAACUUUUGAAGGUGGGGGAAAUAAACCGCCUGGCGGGGUUGAAGGACCGCCAGGCUGCUCAUGCCACCAGCGCUUGUUUUCUGGGUUUUGAUAUGCACCGCCUGGCGGCUAAGGGUAGCCCGCCAGGCGACACGAACUGGGUUACCCAGUUUCUUCUGAUUCUUGGUAUUUUUGUGGUGUGCGAGGUUCGGGGAGAAUCUGGUGAUUUGAAUAUAACUGAUUUGAUGGAUUGUUGA